AUGGCUCUUUCCACUGCAUCGCCAUCCGGCAAAACGCCAGCAUGGUGGAAGAAGGUAGAUAAUGUUCCGUCACCUAGCCAGGCAAAACCUCCCGCGGCGAGAAUCAUGGAUCUACCGGGAGAGCUCCGAAACAUGCUAUUCGAGACCCUCGCCAAUGAUAUGGACCACAUCGUGAUACGCAACGGCAAGAUUGUUCCUCAUCCCUUCGCUCAGGUGAAUCAGCAAGCAAGGCAGGAGUUUGGGUGGAUCUUCAACAGCCUGCCUCGAGGACAGAAGAAGUUACUGCGUCCAUAUAGAGUAACGGUUCAAGUCAACGACUAUGAUCUCAAAAGCGCAGUGGACGCCCUUGCUCGCUGUGCUAUUGGGCCUGCGACUGAGUUUGAGAUCCAAGUGCGAGUCACGAAGCAGCUUUCCCGGUGCGACUGGGAAAAGAUCUGGCCAUGGAUCGAGUACUGCGAUGAACUGAUGCCAAGAGAGGGGUUUCAAGGCGCCAAAAUUCGCUCCAACUACACCGUUCAGCUGGAGCUAUCCGCCUGUAACCCGUAUGCAGCAAGUCAGGAGCUGUACAUGGAAGUAAUGCCUUACUGGAAUGGACAUUCAUUCGAUGAACUCCACGAACACAAUGCGAUGGUGAAGUCUUUAAUGGGCAUGCUGCCAUCCUGUGAUUCGGAGCCGUGCAAAUUCGCCGAGGAGGAAUGCUAG